AUGCACCUCCUCGUGGCUGAGCUGCACUGCAGCCGGCCAGGCGCAGCAUGCGUGUUUCGAGUACCUUGCAGCAUCGAUGUCUCCCUGACGAGGAUGUCUUAUAUCUUCUCUCCGUUGCACAGAGCGAACCUGACCAGCUUGUCCACACUUUCAUCUCUAGCAAAUCAACCAUACUCCCAAAUUGUCAGGGAAAGAUGCCGCGACCUCACCAACAAUCCACCAACCAUUCCGGCCCAGCAUGGGACCCAUUCAAAUUACUCGACCUGGAGAUGGUUGCAAACCAAGACAAGAGCUUCAACUGCGUCGCCAAUCUCCAAGGCAGAUAGACAAGCGGCUACGAUCAUUCUGGAACGUCUACCGAGUCGCUCCCAGGAUCCCAAGACUCUGCGUCAAGAUCUCAAAGUACUCGCGAAUCUCCUCUUGUGCAAUGGCUAUCAUCGAGAGAAGCUUCGACCUGCAGGUAGACCUUGUAGGCCUCAGAUGCGAGAAACCGUUGCAAACUGGGAGUUGAUCAUUCGGGAAGAGAACUUGAGAGCGAGUGCCAGAGCUUUCCAUGGGCGGUCGUCGAACGCAAGACCGAAGGAGGAGAAGAGACCCGGUUCUGAGGAACGCAAGUUCAAGCGAGAGGACGAAGAGCAGAAUCAGAGCUUCACCGAGCCAGAAGACGCCAGCGAAACCGACUACGAAGACGAUGACUAUCCCGACUUCAGCAGCGGUGCCAGAAGGAACUUUUCUGAGCACGAGGACUUCCUCAGGCGUGAGAAGGAGCGCUGCGAAGAAGCCCGCCGUCAGUCGCAGCGUGAACGUGCCGAGCAAAAGGAGUCCAAGGCACGAGCCGAGCGAGAGCGGGCCAAACGAGAGCAGGAGGAAGAGGCCAAACACCGGCAGCGGGCGGAGACUCCUCCCCAGUCUCAACCCAGACGAACAAGCACCGAAGACUGGGAUAGUUCUUGGGCCACCUAUCGCAAACGUUGGAACGCCACUGAGAUCCUUGCGCGAGACGCAAACGCCACCCUCGCAGAUCUCGAGAAAGUCUUCCCCUGGCCAUUGAGGAACAUCCAGCAGCUCGGUCUCUGCAAAUGCAAGCUUGAUGCCUUGUUCGAGAAGGAGGUCGAGGCGUUCUUUCGCCACAUUGUCCCGCAGCAGCAGACGGCUGGCGUAGCUGUGGAUGAUAAGAAGGUGAUUCUGAAGGCUCUGAGAAAAGAGGCAGUGAAUUGGCAUCCAGAUAAGGUGCUCGUGCGGUUUCCUGUGGGUGCUGUUCCGAAGGCUUUGUGGGAGUUGGCGACGAAGGUUACGCAGGUGUUGACGAAGUUGAUGGUGUUGUUUCGGGGUUGA